CCCCCUCCUCCUCCCCUUCGUCUCAAGACUCAAAUGCUGCCCAUUGAUAUAGCAAUCAAUUCUCGUACCCACAUCCCUCAGCGGAACAUGCAAUCGCCCUGGCAUCAUCUCCCCAAACCCAUCAACCUCCAAGAACAGCACUGCCCCUUCCUCACACGCCUCCCUACCAGCCACCACAACCAGGUAACAAUUAUUCUUCUCCUCCCCCGGAUCGCAGGGUUAGCACAAAUAAUCAUAAUAAUCACGAGUAUUGUGCACCGGCGCCGUAGGUGCCGGUUUGCGACUCUGCCUGCCGUAAGUGGUCAUGUGAUUUGGCGUUACAUCACGUGAUCUACGACACGUAACCCCUCCACAGUUCCACUUUCCUAUAAGUUAACAACAACGGUGAAGAUGUCCGCCCCCGCCCCCACCACUGAGGCUUCUGGCCUCAAUGAGGCUUCUCGUGAAGAAGAAGCUCCUGCUUCCCGCUCCCGCUACCACGACCACCACCACGAUGACCCCGACCCUGACUCCGACGACUCUGAAUCUGCCUAAGGCUGGCGCUGCACCAACAGCCAACGAUGAGCCUACGGGCGCCUCUCCGCCGGCCCUGACCUCCCCCGCAACCUCCAACACGGCCGCGUCUGUGCCUCCUGGCCCUGUGCGUGCCUCCUCAGCGAUCGAAUGCGGUGGGCCCGUCCCCCGCGACGCCCGCAUGCCCGGCUACGGCCAUAAGUCGCCCGCAGGGCCUGGUGCUCGACUCCCUGACUCCCAGCCAGCAGAUGGCACUGCAGCUGCUGCGCUCUGCCCUCCUAGAGGAACCCCGUCGCUCCCGCGCCCUCGCAGCUGUCCUCGCCCUCCCUGACGCCCGCCACUUGGAAUUUCGCGCCCUCGACUCCUCCGACCCGCCGAACCUCGUGAGGAUGCAGAACCUCGAGGCGGCCGUAGGGUUUAUAGUUGGCGAGCUUGUCCACGGCCAUGUACCGACUGCGCGGCCGGAUACGGCCAGUUUGCGGGGUGUGUCUGGGUGGAGGGACUCCUCCAUGAGAGCUGCACCAACUGCCACUUCGGUGGCGAAGGCGCGCGCUGCUCGCUCCGUGCUUCUGCGGUCCCAUCGGCGCCCGGUACGGGUAGUCCUUCGGGACGUUUCACUAAGUCCCCUCCCUCCCUUGUUGUUUGCGGUCCGUAACUAACUUGUAGAAGGUCUACGUGCUCGGCGCCCUGCUGCGUCAGCCGCCUCAUGCGCCACCGAGGCGCUUACGGGUGGGGUGGGCCGUGGCCUAAAGCGGCCCCCCAGCUGAAAGAUCCGCGCCCGUCCCGCCAUGCCCGAACGUCGUCACCCGCUCGCGCUGCUGCCUCCCGCGCGCCUCCCACCCGCCGCCCCGAUGACCCCUGCUAUGUUGGGAAUGAGGAGCACCCCACCCACACCCUCCAUGCCUGGAUCGAUCGUUUCCGGGCUGCAAGCCCGGUGUAAUGGUGGGUGCACCAGAUGUGAGAAUCUAGCCACCCAAGGAAGGGAUGAUUUUACUAAGACAACACACUGUCUUGGGAAAAAGAGCCAAAGGGUCAUAGCUUAGACUAUUCCACAACGUAGCAAUCAGGUGUAUGAUGUAGUGGAGUGGUUUAGACAAGUUGUAACAAAUGUUGAGUCUGAGAACUCAGGGAUAAGUCAGAG